GCCUAUGUGUAUCUAGUCUGUAUUGGUAUAUAUACAUGAUAGUAAUCCUCUAUAACCCGUCCCUGCCUCCCCCACCCACAGCUACAGCCAGGCCCCAACUGCCAACUGCCACCUCCAGCAUGGCCGACGCGGUUCUGCCCUGUGCUGCGGGUGGGGCGUAUGUAUCGCCAGUGUGGGCCACACACGGCCUCCUCAGUCCCCCUAACCGUGUACCCUUACCUGUGUGGAUCUUUCCAGAUGUGCCAGCCAGUACCAAAGGUGCCCGUGCACCAGCUAGGAAACCCAGGAAAUCUGGAAAACAUGAACUGUUAGGGGGGCCUCACUGAUACAGAUCACCAUGUAGCAGGCCAACGAUGGAGUUUAUUUCGGGCUACCGUGACCCCAUGGUGGAGUAUUCGGAGCUGCUCUUCAGCUGGUACCAGCGUUACCUGAUAGACUGUUUAGGCCAGAUGGACAGGAACGUGACGAACCGCCAGCAGGUGCGCAAGCUGAGGGCGCUGCCACGGGACGCGAGCAGCUGGUCCCUCCAUGUCCUGCGCAAUGACAGCAUCUGUCUCCAGUCCAGGAACCCUGAGCUGCAGAACGCAGACCACUUCUACAGCGAAGACGUCGUGCGCCUCAGUGACCUAGAGAAAUACGUCAGCCUCGUGGAUCUGGACGCACUGCCUAACGGGAAGGUCGGCGGCGGAGCUCGGGAGCCAGAUGACCUGUGCCGGAUCCAGUACCUGCUGGUAGUGGCGGAGGAUGCGGGCACUGUGAUGGGCAUAGAUUUCCUGAUGGCCGGCAGCGGUGACAGCCAGAGAGAGCGGCUGAUGACGGCGGUCAGGGCCUACUAUCUGCUCUGUCAGUGCAUGGCGAGACCAAUGGACGGCGGCCCGGCCCGGCGGCCUAUGUGUGUGGCCGUGUCCGAGCCGCUGGAGCGCUGCUUACUCAGAAAACUCCUCCCUUUCCUGGGGGUCCAUGUCCAUAAACAGCCGCUGAGAGACUGGUCCACCGAGGCAAGCUUUGUCUUCUCCGCAAAGAGGGCGCAAAACUGCCACGUGUGUAAGAAGAGGAGCUUCGAAGCCACGCUUCUCCCUUGCGAUAAGUGCGGCGCGGUCCUCUACUGCUCGAAGACGUGUAAAAAGUUUGACUGGAAGAAAUGCCCAUCAGAUAUCAGCCACGAGUACUGGUGUGAAAAGAUGACGCAGUUUAUGCAGAGCGAAGACGCCUUGGCGGAUCUUCCGUUUUGCUUCAGCAAAGAGGUGACAAGCCGCUCAUUUGACAAUGAGAAGUUCCUGAGUGCUCGGGGUCUUACCAGAGGUUAUUGGACGGUGGAGAGCGUUCAUCACUACACCAGCUGCCUGCAGCAGAGGAAACCAGCAUGGGACAUGGAUGGUGGAAGAGAACGAUCUGAGCCCCUACUGGGGGACACCGAGAUUCUUCUCAAGCAGACGCCUAAGGAAAAACGCAAGAACUCAUUGGUGACCUGGAAGGAGUACUAUGACUGGAGGGGCCUGAAUUUAGACAAUCCUGUAGCGGCUCUUCUCACCUAUCCGCUGACCAUCUAUCACAUCAUCUCCGCGAUGGUUCCCCAGCACUUUCCUGAGCUGAAUAUCCUAAAGAAACAGUCGUUGAGGAUCCACAUUAUAGAAGCAGGACGGGAGUACACAUGUAUAAUGCUAUUCUGGGAACUGGCGGUUUUGAUGCCCAACGUGGUGUUCGAGUUGGUGUUUGUGGGUACAGACCUCCCAGCGGAGGAGGACGAGAGAAGCUUCAUCAUACACAAGAAGGAGUCGGAGGUGGUCUGCUCCGAUGAUACGCUUACGAACGGGAAAGGAGUGCGCGGCAUACACGUCAAAGUCCACGUCCGGCCCUAUCACAACCUCCAAGCGGCCAAGCCGGACCUUGUGAUUGGCUUCAACUCUGGGUUUGGAUUAAAUGAUGCCUGGCUGAGCACUCUGCCUCGCCUGCAGGCACUGAGGGUUCCGGCCUAUUUCUCGGACUGCUCUCAGUACAGCUGCGAUGUGGAUGGACAGGUGGUUGCCACAGCGACGGGUGGGACUGUCAGCCCUCCGGUACUGAACCCGUUUCGCUCUCCCUUGAGAAUUGCAGCCACCGACAACUGCAUGCCGUGGUACAACAACGCGUUUCUCUUCUAUCUGAUCUACAAAUCUGCCCAGUGCAACCCCAAGAAGCGCAAUGGCCAAGUGCCCAGCGAGCCGGCCCAGGCCCCGCCCCCCGAAACCGCCAGUGAUGCCCAGGCACGUAGGAAGAAGAAGCAGAACGGGCGAAACCCACCUCGGAAGCACAAAUAAGUCUGACGCCUGCAGCUGCCGGUAAUAAAGAGCUAUAACAUCUCCUUCUA